AUGGGCUGGGCCUCUUCCCCUUGGGCUGAGGCAAGGUUAUUUCCCAUCUGCGUGGUCCUGGCAGUCCUGCUGCUAGCCCUGGGCUCCCUCUUGCUGCUGCUGCCUAGGACUGCCACGGUCUCUGCACGCUUCCUGGCAAAGGCUGGGACUCUGCUCCGUGUCCGCAGCCGCCUGGUCUGGGAGUGCCUGGCUGAGUUGCUCGCUGUCUUUGUGCAGAUGUUGAUAACCCUGGGCACUGCAGCACAGACCAUCACCAGCCAGGGCGCGAAGGGUGGGUAUGUCUCCUCCUGCCUGGCUGGGGCCGUGGCCAUUAUGGUGGCCAUCUACAUUGCUGGUGGAGUCUCAGGUGCCCACCUGAACCCUGCCUUCUCACUGGCCAUGUGUGUGCUGGCCCGGUGCCCCUGGUGGAAGCUGCCCAUCUUCAUUGUCGUGCAGACCCUGGCAGCCUUCCUGGGUGCCGGUGCCGUCUACGCCCUCUAUUAUGAUGCCGUCCAACACUACAGUAAUGGGACCCUUGCAGUCACGGGUCCCCGGGAAACUGCCUCCAUCUUUGCCACCUACCCCGCACCCUACCUGUCCCUCCAGAGUGGCUUCCUGGACCAGGUGAUGGGCACAGCACUGCUGCUGGUGGGCAUCCUGGCCAUCGUGGACACCCAGAACAAGGGCAUCCCAAAGGGGCUGGAGCCGGUGGCUGUGGCCAUGCUGGUGCUGGCCCUCAGUCUCUCUGUAGGCUCCAACUGCAGCUGCGCUAUCAACCCUGCCCGUGACUUCGGGCCACGGCUUUUCACCUAUGUGGCAGGCUGGGGCCCCCAGGUCUUCAGGUGGGUGACAAGGGCUGGCCAUGGCUGGUGGUGGGUGCCGGUAGUGGCUCCCGUGGUGGGCUCCAUGCUCUACCAGGUGCUGGUGGCGUUUCACCACCCGCCUGCCCCAGGAAGCACCCACGAACUGGAGGUGGAGAAGCAGAAGGAGAUCCCCAUCUUCAUCAUCAGCCCUCAGGCUGAAGAGCAGCUCAAGAAGGCCACAGUCCUGGAGGAACCCUGGCCGGUGACUUCUCUGCCUGGGCCCAGUACAGACAGAGAGGGGUCCUCUCCCCGCCACGCUAUGUGAAGUCUGGGCCACGGCAGCACCGGAGUGGACCUGCUGCUGCAGCAGACAGACAAACCGAGGGCCCCAGUGGCCACGGCUCGAGCUGGGCCCCGGGGAGAAGGGGUCACCAGCAGGCAGUGCAGACCCAAGCUCUUGUCUCCUGGCCCUACGCUGGCAAUGAUGGAGCCUGAUGCUCUACAAGCCGCUGGCUUCUCUGGUGUCCAGGAGAGAAGGGCGAGCUGCUGGGGCAGCUCGUGGGGCCCAGUGGUGGCUGGUGCAGGAUGCUGGGGUCCCCUGGCCCUGUCGCAUGAGUGGAUACAAGGACUCCUCUUUCCUUCCUGUCGCCGGCAGAGGUGGCCCAGGGAAGGGGCAGCGCCAUGCACAGCGCGGCCUCAGAGACCUGUCCAUCUCGGUGCCAUUAAACACGUUUGCAGGGGCUAGAAGCGCCUCUCGCACACUGGGUUGAUCCAGAUCCAGUUUGGGCCCCAGGGGGAGGGCACGGGGCCGGGGCGACCCUGCGGGCGGCUGGGCCGGGGAGCCCCGGGCGAGGGGCUGCU